AUGACCGAUACCAAACUGUCGAGUGUCACCACACGAUCAAGUGAUGAAGCACGCCUGCAUAGCUGCUGCCAACGCCUGCAAAAGCUGCAACACGCCGUGAGCGCCUACGACGAUUACGACAACGCCUCCGCCAGGCCCGGACCACCGAUCAACGUCGCCGAACGCCCGACGAGAGCUGCAUCACCACCUUCUCUCACUGGAACAGAUCGACGGACAUCUUCUAGCCAUCUCACAUUACAAGAGCAUGGAGCUGCCGCCAAGGGAGUGGUCAGCAGUAAGACAUUCAUGAACAAGAGGAAAGACGGGAGGAUGAUGAAGGCGCAGUGGGGCUGGAUCUGGACAAGCUGA